CUGAUACUGGUGUUUUGAGACUAAGCCUGUUCCCUCAUUGUUCCUGUGCAAGCAGGCACCAUAAAAAUGAAUAUCCAGGGGAAAGGCUUCCCUUUGGAUCUUGGGGGAAGCUUCACCGAAGAUGCUCCAAGGCCACCGGUCCCUGGUGAGGAGGGUGAGCUGGUUUCUACAGAUCCAAGGCCAAUCAGCCACGGCUUCUACUCUGGUAAAAGUGACGUGAUUAAAAAUGAGACUUCUACAGCAACACCGAGGCGCUCUGAUCUGGAUUUGGGGUAUGAACCUGAGGGGAGUGCUUCUCCAACUCCACCCUACCUGAAAUGGGCUGAGUCGUUGCACUCCUUGUUGGAUGAUCAAGAUGGGAUAAAUCUGUUCAGGACUUUCCUGAAGCAGGAGGACUGUGCAGAUUUGCUGGACUUCUGGUUUGCCUGCAGUGGCUUCAGGAAGCUAGAGCUCUGUGUCUCCAAUGAGGAAAAGAGGCUCAAAUUGGCUAAAGCUAUUUACAAAAAAUACAUUCUGGACAAUAAUGGGAUAGUAUCCCGGCAAAUCAAACCAGCCACAAAAAGCUUCAUAAAAGAUUGUGUCAUGAAACUGCAAAUUGAUCCUGACAUGUUUGACCAGGCCCAAACUGAGAUUCAGUGCAUGAUCGAAGAUAAUACCUAUCCUUUGUUCCUUAAGUCAGAUAUUUAUUUGGAAUAUACAAGGACAGGUGGGGAAAGUCCUAAAAUUUAUAGUGAUCAGAGCUCAGGAUCUGGGACAGGAAAAGGACUGCCUGGAUAUUUGCCUACUCUUAAUGAGGAUGAGGAGUGGAAGUGUGACCAAGACAUCGAAGAGGAAACCAGCCGAGAUUCAGCCCCAUCCAGCAGGCUUACUCAGAAGCUGCUUUUGGAGACAGCCACCCAACGUGCCACAUCAACCAGGCGAUAUAGCGAGGGAAGAGAGUUCAGGCAUGGGCCAUGGAGAGAGCCAGUUAACCCUUACUAUGUCAACACAGGGUAUGCUCUGGCACCAGCCACCAGUGCGAAUGACAGUGAGCAGCAGAGCAUGUCUAGUGAUGCAGACACCAUGUCGCUGACAGACAGCAGUGUAGAUGGGAUCCCCCCGUACAGACUCCGAAAGCAGCAUCGCCGAGAGAUGCAGGAAAGUGCCAAAGCAAAUGGACGUGUGCCACUACCUCACAUUCCUCGUACGUACCGAAUGCCAAAGGAUAUCCAUGUUGAACCACAGAAGUUUGCUGCAGAGCUGAUCAAUCGCCUGGAGGAAGUACAAAGGGAACGUGAAGCAGAGGAGAAAUUAGAGGAGCGCCUUAAACGUGUUCGAGCGGAAGAAGAAGGUGAGGACGCAGACAUCUCUUCUGGUCCUUCAGUCAUUAGCCACAAGCUGCCUUCCACCCAGGCCUUGCAUCACUUCACUCCUCGUUACUCUGAGAUGGGUUGUGCUGGGAUGCAGCUGCGAGAUGCUCAUGAAGAAAAUCCGGAGAGCAUUCUCGAUGAACAUGUACAGCGAGUAAUGAAAACUCCAGGUUGUCAGUCCCCUGGACCUGGCCGCCAUUCACCUAAGCCCCGGUCACCGGAAAGUGGCCAGGCUGGAAAGAUGCAAGGGACAAUACCUCCAGGGCAUGGCAAGCAUGCAACAAAAUCAGGAAUGAAACUGGACGCAGCUAACUUAUACCACCAUAAACAUAUCUACCACCACAUUCAUCACCACAGUGUGAUGAAACCGAAGGAGCAGAUUGAGGCUGAAGCCACUCAGAGAGUGCAGAACAGCUUUGCUUGGAAUGUAGAUUCACAUAACUAUGCAACAAAAUCCCGGAACUACACUGAAAGCAUGGGCCUGGCUCCCAACCCUGCGGAUUCCUUGGGCUACAGUGGGAAAGCGAGUCUGCUCUCAAAAAGAAAUGUCAAGAAGACUGAUUCAGGGAAAAGUGAUGGUGCCAACUAUGAGAUGCCCGGAUCUCCUGAGGACGUGGAGAGGAACCAGAAAAUCCUGCAGUGGAUCAUCGAAGGAGAGAAGGAGAUCAGCAGGCAUAAGAAAACAAGCCAUGGCUCCUCAGGUGCCAAGAAGCAGCUGGCCCAUGAUAUGCCCAGACCUCUCUCCAUCGAGCGCCCUGUCGCUGUGCACCCCUGGGUCAGUGCCCAGCUCAGGAACAUCGUCCAACCUUCUCACCCGUUCAUUCAAGAUCCUACCAUGCCGCCCAACCCAGCCCCCAACCCUCUGACGCAGCUGGAAGAAGCACGCAGGCGACUGGAGGAAGAGGAGAAGAGGGCUGGCAAACUGCCCCCCAAACAGAGGUUGAAGCCUCAGAAGAGACCAGGCAAUGGCGCUUCCCAGCCAUGCGAGAAUAUCGUGGUCGCGUACUACUUCUGUGGAGAGCCCAUCCCUUAUCGCACCUUGGUCAAGGGGCGCGUGGUCACGCUGGGACAGUUUAAGGAGCUGCUCACCAAGAAAGGGAACUACAGGUAUUACUUUAAAAAAGUGAGCCAUGAGUUUGACUGCGGAGUGGUGUUUGAGGAGGUGCGUGAGGAUGAGGCCACCCUGCCCAUCUUUGAGGAGAAGAUAAUUGGAAAGGUCGAGAAGAUUGACUAACAGGAGAGCCAAGAGGCCUGGGAAAGAUUUUGGAAAUCUCAGCAGUCUAGAGCAGAUCCAGAGUCGGUGCUCUGGGAGGCACAGAUCCCUCGGUACUGGGCUGACCCAGGCUGAGGGAGGCACCUCGGUCCCUCCCGAGGACUUCCAGGAGCUACGCGUUGCCAGUGGGAGGAGUUCCACCACACAGACUUGCCGGUGGGAUCCCCGCCGGGCUCCCUCUCCAGACAGAAUAUUACGUGUAUUGUAGCAUUGUACAGUUGCAUUAGAAAGUGUAAUAUGACCUUGUUUACUAAAGCUGCAUAUUUUUGAUA